UUGUGUACCGUACAGUACACACGUGUAGCUGGCAAAUCACAUACAACAUAUCACAUGUCACGGACCCAGCAAUAAGGAGUACCUGUCGUUGAUUCUAUCAGGAUGUGGUCGUCACCUUAGCGUGAAAUGGCAGAUUUCUGAGUCAGUUGUGUCAGGAUUCGUGACUUCAGGAGUGGGAGUGGGUUCAGUCAAGAUUCGUAACUUCAGGAGUCUAAGUGAGUCAAGAUUCGUAACUCUAUGAGUCAAUGUGUCAACAUGAAUGUCUCGAAUCUAGAAAGGCUAACCUCGAGAUCUCGGUGUGGACAGUUUUCGAACCUGCAUUCUUGGGAUUAUGCUGGACAGCUGACGAUGUAGGAUGGACACGGUGCUAGCGGUGAUGAUUGUAGUCACGUCUGCUGGCUGGACCCUCCAGGCUCACUUCUGCCCCAUAGCAGCGAAGGGUCAAGAAUUCAGCUUAGAAUGUCCUGGAUCUUUGCCAAAGGACAUCAGGUUUAUCCAUUGGAUAAGCUCAAAAGGCGGCGGAAAGUUGAAAGACAUCGGCAACUGCUAUUUCGCAGACGAUUGCGUCCUGUCUGACAAUGCAAAAGAGCGAGGCUUUAAGGUAGAUUGGAUAUCGACUGAAACACAUUUUUCAACUAAGUUCUCCAUUGACAACGUCACCAAUUCUAUGAACGGUUUGCAGAUCAAGUGUGAGUUAUACAACACGGAAACAGAAGAUACACAUAUUUUGAUGACGUGUGAGAUAGCUGUGUACCACCUGGCGAAACCUCCGACUUGCCAGGCGGUCGUUCAACCCAACAACACUGUCACGGUGUCCUGCCGCGCCCCUCAGGUUUUACCUGGCAUAGUGUGCUAUCUUUACAACAAAGAAACCAACACUUGGAUCACAAUGGAUUCGAUAAAAACUCAAUUAAAUAGCCAGUAUUACUCCGUGUCUUGUUCGACAAAUUUUAGACCAGUUUAUUCCGGAAGUCAAAGUUUCCAGGUAAAAAUAGUACCGGAGAUCGCCACCAACAUUGAAGACAUUGAAAAACACGCGUCAUUUUUAACAACAAAUGAUGUUUUUGCCAACGCUAAGCCCUCCCUCAGAUUAACACUGCCGGCAGUAACAAAAGCCUGUCAUGACACCACCAACACCCUACAGUUUUCCUGUACAGCUUACAUGCCAGAUAAACCGUCUUUAACCUGCUCAAUGGGAGGGCAAGUCUUAAACUAUAAGGAAGUUUUGGUUAGUAACAACGUCACGAACGGCAACGUCUUUGUUAAAUUUAAUUUCACAUAUCAAUUAAAAAUAAGCCCUUCAGACAAUGGAACAGUUAUCCUUUGUGUGGCUAAGGACGCUAAAAAACCUUCUGAGGAAAUUCGCGAGUGGGCGGUGCUGGUGCUAUCCGUACCUCCGACGCAACCUCCCGUGUUCAUAGCGAGGGACGGGACGAGGUUCUAUAGCAGCUUGCAGGUGAAGGUCAACCUUACCGCCACGUUUUACUGCCAGAUGGACGGGGUGUCUGCCAUCAACGUGACCUGCAUGGGUUCGAACACGCGACGGUCUUUUCUCAACGCCAGCAACAUCGUCGCUGUCAGCAUCAGCGGCAGCGAAGGUAUCCGAACCUGCGUCUGCGCGGCCACGCACCCGUCUGGUUGCGACCUCCCACAAACUCGCAUCAGCAUCACCAGCGGCGCCUCAACACCACAUGCUACAUCGAACAACAUCCGUCUUUUGUACUACAUCGUCGGCUCAAGCGUUGCUGUCGUCGUUAUAGUUCUUCUUUUAACUGUCAUUGUCGUCAUCUACAAAUACAGACACGCUUUAUACAACUACUACAACUCUCCUCGAUCUACCCAGCAUGUUUAUACCUACAUAGAAUUACCCACAAUCCCUAUCGACCAGGCCCCAUCCCUCCCAGACCGCCCCCAAUCACCAACUCACGAGACCCCGCCCCCAGUUCCACAUCGCCCCAAAUCAUACGAGAAGCAUUACGUCAAUCAGGAUGUCCUCACCAUUCCAUCACAAGCAGACGGCUACAACAAACUCGACUUCGAGUCUGGGCCCGAGAAAAGCGCACUCGCCAGACCCGACUCACCGGAAACCACACCUAAAGUCUUUGAGGAGAUCACCGACGUCAGCGACGCCGUCACCAAACACGACAGCAUCAACGACAACUUGAACGAGUACAUCAUCGCCACCACCCCGGUGGAAUAUUUCCAGACGCGAGAGAAAGAGGUCAUCCCAUCGGCCAUGUCCGAGACAUAUCUAGACUCCAGCUAUUCCGUCAAUGAACCACAAUGCAGCCGGCUGUCCUCGUCUAGCUUUCGUCAAUCUCCGCCCAGCAUUCGGGAGUCUUCGGCCAUUUUCCAUCCGUUGUCGCCCAGCAUUCGGCAAUCUCCACCCAGCAUUCGGCAAUCUCCGCCGAGCAUUCGGCAAUCUCCGCCGAGCAUUCGGGAGUCGUCGUCCAGUUUUCCUCAGUCCCCAAUCUCUGGGUGUAACGAUUUGAACACAGCGGACAAUCUCAGUCGGGGACUUGGCACCCACUGCAAUAUUGUCCAUCACAACGAUUCAAGUGACAGCAAUAAUGACACUGACACUGACACUUGACAAUCAGAUGACACUCAAAACUUGACAGUCAGGUGACGCUGAAAACUUGACAGUCGGAAAUGUCUGUAAAAAACGUGUAAAUACAAAUGUUAAUUCAACUUCAACAAUUACA